AUGCCAACAGAUGUCAUUGAAUUGUCAGAUGACGGGGAUACGGCCUCCCUUUCGGAGGAUGGGUUCGAGGGGCCCGCCCGAAACCCGCCUCGGAAGCGCAAGAUAGAGCUCGAGUUCACGGAAAAGGUUGAGUGGACAGAUGAAUCAGACAGUGCGCCUCUGAGGCCGAAAAGGCGAAAGACGAGGCGCAAGUCUGCCAAGCAGAAGAAAUCAGACAAGCGGGAUGCCAAUGGAGACCCUCUGGAGGACGACUUGGACAAUGUGGACCUGCCCGACUAUCUCGUUGAGCGGAGACGAACCUUUGAUGCCCGGCGGAAGCUCUACCACGAGUCAGCCCUGAUGCUUCCGCCUGAUUACACGGAUAUCGAAUUCGACGAGUCAGGAAGGCUCAGAGAGCUCAAAGAGCGGCCAGACUUUGGUCCAGCAAGCGGCAUCAAACCGUCUCGGCCCUACCGCGACAUCGAGCUUCCCCAGUCAGGCGGCCUCAUUCCCGCAUCAAUCGCUCAGUAUCUGCGAGACUACCAAGUGGAUGGUGUUCGGUUCCUGCACAAAAAGUUUGUGUAUCAAGAGGGAGGCAUCCUGGGGGACGACAUGGGCCUUGGCAAGACGGUCCAAGUCGCUGCUUUUCUGACGGUGGCCUUUGGGAAGACGGGAGACGAACGAGACGCCAAACGCAUGAGGCAUAUGCGGCUUCUUGGCGACAGAUGGUAUCCCAGGAUACUCAUCGUGUGCCCGGGAUCUCUCAUCGCAAACUGGAGGAACGAGCUGAGUAGAUGGGGGUGGUGGCAUGUCGACACGUUCCACGGAACAAACAAGGACGACGUGCUUGGCGCUGCCCGCGCUGGCAUGCUGGAAAUCAUGAUUACAACAUACGAGACGUACAAGAACUCUCGCAGUUCCAUCAACAUGGUGCAGUGGGAUGCCAUCAUCGCAGACGAGUGUCACCGCCUCAAGGACCGCUAUUCGGAGACCACGAAAGCAAUGCAAGAAGUGAACGCGCUCUGCAGGAUCGGCUUAACGGGAACGGCCAUUCAGAACAAAUACGAAGAACUCUGGACGUUACUGGAUUGGACCAACCCGGGCCAUUUCGGCACCAAAGCGGAGUGGUCCCAGACCAUCACAAAGCCCCUGACGGUUGGCCAGUCCCACGACGCGACGGUUGCGCAGCUUAGCCUUGCAAGGCAGACGGCAAAAAAACUGGUUCAGAAUCUUCUUCCGCGAUACUUUCUGCGGCGUAUGAAGUCUUUGAUCGCUCAUCAAUUACCGAAAAAAUGGGAUCGAGUCGUCUUUUGCCCCCUCUCCGACCUGCAGAUGGAAGCAUACGAGAACUUUCUCAGCAGCAAAGAAGUGACCAUCUUGAGGACCGCUUCGGAAGACUGUGAGCACGGGGGCAAGAAGGGCUGGUGCUGCGAACAGUAUCUCCCAAAUGGCAAACGCUGGCAGAGCAUCGUCUUCCCCAGCAUGAUGACUCUGCAAAAGCUGGCCAACCACCUGACUCUGCUGGUGCCGAUGACGACGGAUCUGGAAGAGAGGCACGAGCAAGAACUCGCGACACUCCAGACCUGCAUGCCGGACACGUGGAAAGUGCUCUAUGAGAAGCGCGAUCGGAUUAGUAACCUGGUCAACCCGGAGUUCUGCGGCAAAUGGAAGAUUCUCAAGAAGCUGCUCAAGUUCUGGCAUGGGAGCGGGAACAAGGUAUUGGUCUUCUCCCAUAGCGUGCGGCUGCUUCGCAUACUGCAGCACCUCUUCACCAACACGAGCUACACCGUGAGCUAUCUCGACGGCUCUCUGAGCUAUGAAGCGCGGCAGGAUGUGGUGGACACGUUCAAUUCUGACCCCACGCAGUUUGUGUUCCUCAUAUCAACCAAGGCCGGUGGCGUGGGGCUGAACAUCACUUCGGCGAACAAGGUGGUCAUCAUGGACCCUCACUGGAAUCCCGCGUAUGACCUACAGGCGCAAGAUCGGGCCUACCGAAUCGGUCAGACCCGCGAUGUCGAGGUCUUUCGGCUCAUCUCGGUGGGGACGAUUGAGGAAAUCGUCUAUGCUCGACAGAUUUACAAGCAGCAGCAGGCCAACAUUGGAUAUACCGCAUCGUCUGAGCGGCGGUACUUUCGUGGUGUCCAGCAAGAUACCGAGCGCAAGGGCGAAAUCUUUGGGCUCUCCAACAUCUUCACAUACCACAGCCACAUGGGCUUGCUUCGCGAUAUCGUGAACAAGACGAAUAUUGCCGAGGCCAAAGCCGGAGUGCACCUGGCCGAUGUUGACAUGGAAGAGGCAGCCAAAGAAGGAGAAGACCUGGGUGUUGUUGUGAAACAGGAAGAGAGCGCCGACUCGGAGGAUGGUGGCCUGAGCCAGCUGGCCGACCUGCUCACGUCCAACGAUCAGGCAAAGAAGCGCGAAUCCUUCAAGUCGAGCCAGCCGAAAAGCGACGCCGUACAGGCCAUUCUCACAGCUGCUGGCGUAGAGUACACGCACGAUAAUGCUGAAGUGAUUGGAUCUUCCAAGGUGGAGGAGCAGCUCUCACGGCGGGCAGAGAUGAGGCUGUUUGGUGAGGGCGACCUUGCGGGUCAAACAACCUUGUUUGCUGACACGGAUGAUGAGACUGAUGGCGAAGGGCUGCACAGCACGUACAAGCCCCCGCAAGAUGUUUGCUUGCGGCAAUUUUGUGAGAUGGCGAGGGAAUUUGGCUUUGCCAACGCUACGGAUUUUGCCCUCAUCGUGGAGAGCUGGACGACAGAAGAGAGAAGGAACUGCUUGAAUUCGUUCUACAAAAGACGCGAGGCUAAGCUAGAACGAGAGGCAUCUCUUGAUGCAAACGAGGGUAUCGCUAGUCCGGAACACACGCCAAAACUGGAGACGAUGAAGGAGGAUGAAGCAAGAAGCGGGGCCGAAGACGUCAAGGACGAGAAAGUGCUUGUCAAACCACAGGAAAGCACCGAUGAAAAGAAGCCAUUACUGGUGGACAGCAUAUCCAAGAGGGCGUCGAUUUUCCUUGUGGACGAUGACGACGACGACGAGCUCUGA